CUUGCACCUCGCAACCAAACAUUGGAAGCUGAACUGCUGCUGGCCAUCCUUCUCUUACGGCCAGUGCGAGAAAUGACACCUCCAUCUCCAAUGCUUCAUGAUCUCUGUUUCUUCUUGUGAUACUUGAUACCCAUUCUGUUGACUUACUAUCUACUUCCUGCCUGCAGGAUUUCCAGCCUCAAUACCCGUGCCAUUCUCUAUCGCAAGAGCCGUAUUUUGACGCAUCAAUUCGCACACAAUUAGGUUAAGCGACAUCGGUACCAUGCCCCUUGUGCGGCCCUUUGUACGCAAGAGCCUGGUAGUUCCUGCGUUCAUUUUAACUGUCAUUAUCUACAUCACUUUUGACAGCAUCGGGCCGGGCGAAUUUCCCCAAUAUCCCUCUCCUCCUCCUCCAGACUUUCCCAACCAUGGCGUAGGAUCAUCAUUUGGAGAAAGCCAACCUCAUUGGCAGAAUAAGGCCGAGAAAUACCCCGUGGAAUCAUACAUCCAGUUGCCGACCAAUAAGCCGGGGAAAAUCCCCAAAAUCCAAUAUGACUUCCCCGCCAAAGAGGCGCCGAUCGACCGGAAAAGACGACUUGAAAGACAAGCCGCCGUGCAAGAAGCGUUCACGCAUGCAUGGGGAGGAUACAAAUCACAUGCGUGGUUAAAGGACGAAGUCUCGCCGAUUUCCGGUGGCUUUUCCAACGGUUUUGCUGGUUGGGCUGCGUCGCUUGUUGACACGCUCGAUACUUUGUUAAUCAUGGGGAUGAAGGAUGAGUUUGAGGAGGCUCUCAAUGCGCUUGAGAAGAUCGAUUUUAGCACGACUAGCGAUCAAUACAUUAACGUCUUCGAGACUACGAUUCGCUAUAUGGGUGGAUUUAUGGCGGCGUACGAUUUGUCGGAUGGGAAAUACCCGAUUCUUUUGAAGAAAGCGCAGGAGGUGGGAGAUCUUGUAUAUGGUGCUUUUGACACCCCGAACAGAAUGCAGAUCUCUCGGUGGGACUGGAAGAAGUCUUUGCGAGGAGAUACAAUUCUUCCCGCUAGGAAUACCUUGCUUGCAGAAGUUGGGUCUUUGUGCCUGGAAUUCACCCGGCUGACUCAGCUAACUGGCGAUCCCAAAUACUUCGACGCUAUUCAACGCGUCACUGAUGAAUUAGAAAAGGCCCAGAGUAAUACCGCGGUCCCGGGUCUGUGGCCAAUGCUUGUUGAUCUGGAAAACCUCAUAUUUAGCAACAAGCAAUUCACACUAGGUGGCAUGGCUGACUCUACAUACGAGUAUCUUCCGAAAGAGCACCUUCUUCUCGGAGAUCGGACCAAGCAGUAUCAGCGUAUGUAUGAGGACACGGUUGACCCUAUCAAGAAGCAUCUGUUAUUCCGCCCCAUGACCAAGAAUGGAGAGGACAUUUUGUUUAGCGGUUCCUAUCAUGGAACCACCUUGGAUGCCGAAGCUCAGCAUCUUACUUGCUUUGUCGGAGGAAUGUUUGGUCUAGGCGGAAAGGCCUUCGACCGUCCAGCAGACCUCGCCAUUGCCCGCAAACUGGUUGAUGGGUGCAUUUGGGCCUAUGAUUCAAUGGCGACCGGAUUAAUGCCUGAAAUCUUUUUUACGAGCGUUUGCGAUGAUCUUGACUACUGUCCCUGGGAUGAGAAGAAGUGGUUGUCGGGUGUCCGGAUGCACAACCACGUUUCAGAAACAGAUGAUGAAUCGGUCCUGGAGCAGGCCGAGAAGAUGGGUCUUCCUCCCGGAAUUAUACGGGUGUCGGACCCAAAGUACAUUCUACGACCCGAAGCUAUCGAGUCCGUAUUCAUCAUGUAUCGCAUCACCGGCGACAAAAAGCUCCAGGACGCCGCGUGGCGCAUGUUCACCAGCAUCGAAAAGAUGACGCGCACAGAGAUUGCGCACGCCAGCAUUGAAGACGUGCGCUUUACCGAUACGCACAAAACCGACAAGAUGGAGAGUUUUUGGAUGGCGGAAACGCUCAAGUAUUUCUAUCUCAUCUUUUCUGAACCGGGUCUAGUUAGUUUGGAUGAUUACGUGCUCAAUACCGAAGCACAUCCCUUUAGGCGCCCGGUCGCCUAAGCUAUCUCUAAGAUAUUUAUCUAUCUAAUUGUUUGUAUGACAAGCUGGUAGACAUAGAAUCACCAAAUCAUCACAUGCAGUGGACAUGUGACACCGUGCUGACUACUGACUAUGCAAUCUACCUAUAAGUUAACUAGUUAUACGUAUAAGAGCACGUGCAUUUAGAAAUUACCAGUUGAAAUGCACAUAUGUAGUAUGGCAGAUUUACUACAAAGUCUGAACAGUAUGAAUUUUAUGUAGUUCAAUCCCAAAAAAAAAUCCAUCUUUCU